UGACAUAGGCCUAUGCCUGCUAGCCCCGCCUUCCCCGAUCCUUCUCACCCUCUACGUUAACCAAGAGCCCGAGGCAGCGUCGGUCACAUGCAGCGUCGCCAAGCCGCCUUCCCUUCGGCGCCGAUUUGCAACACCAUCGUGACUCGAAAAUCUGGGCCUGCCUGAAUGGUGCCGCGCCGCGUGUGACUCGACGUCGGCGAGAGGGUGUGCCACCUUGCAUUGCCACUUCGGGCGGGUGUUGUGGACCCUGUGUCAUUCCCCUUCCUUCGUCUUCUGUGUGAUUUGAGAAGGGGAGGAAGAGGAGAGAGAAGAGGAGGGGCGGGGAAACGAGGGAGGCAUUAUGUCCUACCCUAACAGCAUCCAGUUCCGGAUCACCAUUUUUUUCAACGACGGCGCCCGCCUGGUGGUGUACAUCCCCCGAAUGGUGGCUGGGGGACGCCCCUGGACGCCCCCGCCCGGGCCUCACCUCCUCCCUGACCACCAGUAGCGCUCGGGGACCUCGCUCUUCAUCACUUACACGGCCCAGGACUUCUUACAAGAUCCCCUGGGCCGUGCCCCGGGGGAGAUGGGGUUACUCUGCCUCACGAAACACCACAACCGCCUUUUGAUGACCGCGUGCCGACGACGCCCGGUGUAAACUGUUGAUGUUACGGCACGCUUUAUCCCCCUUUGUCCCACCCACCGCUACACGGCCCUUUGCAAGUGUAUGGGCGAAGGGGGGAGUUAAGGGUAGUAGUAGGAGGGGGGUAUUUUGCUGUUAGGAAAGGUAAUAUCUUUUUUUUUUUUUUAGUAAAGAUUUGAGGUCGCGGGUGGUAGAGGUAUUUUUAUGGAAGGAUUUGGGGUUUGGUCUACGUUUAGGCCCAGGUGAUAGUAGCUUUAAUUAUGGGUAAUGUCGUUAUAGUAGUAAGAAGGAUGUAGAGAGCAACAGGGACAUGGCGUAGAGGGCAAGUAGAAGGGCGUAGGAAGGCAGGUAGAAAGUCAGUCCGCAUCGCAAGGGUCACUGGGACUCGGCGGAACCUGACGAACCAGAAAUGUUUCCCAGGAAUACUGACGCAACCGACUCCGACAGCCACGACCACCUGCAUCCUUACUCCGUCGUUAUUCGCUGCUUAUGCUAGUACCUCGAACGCCAUUGCAAAUCAUCACGCAUUUUGCCGUCCGAGCCUCUCCGCCGUCGAAGCGUGGAGGCAGCAAGGGCGUUUGCUUCCUGCGCAGUCAAAUUUUUAGCAUGUACUGUCAACAGAAGCAUCGCAUAUAGUGUCACGUACAAAGAUGUUUUAGCAAUAUACCGCUAAUUCAGGUUACCAGGCCGAGGCGUUGGUACUAGUACUACCAUCACCAUAAUUGACACAAGUUGUCAGGACGUUAAGACUGCCAACGCACCACCGAAAACGGCGAACCUUAUCAUCAUAACAUGCAGCGUUGUCUUCACCACUGUCUUCGCCCCGAGUUGCGUCACAAGCGUGCGUGCGUUGAUGAACGAGUCAUUGGGUGAAUUAACUCGGUUGACACUGUUCUCUUGCUCUCCGGCUCUCUCAUUGGGGAGUUUGCAGGGGAGGGUGGAGGGACUAUGCUUUGCAUUAGAAUAGGGGAAGGGAAGGAUUGGGAAGCAGAAUGAGGGAUGGGGCGUGGGUUAGAGGGAGACACGAGCGUCUAAUUCGUCCUAGAAAUCAUAACAUUGUCAUGCUUGGCUUGGUAUAUGCGACAGGCCAGGAAGGGUGUCCACGCGGUAUGUGCAUGAUAGUGGUCGAAUAGUCAAGUUGUGAGGGAGCAAGAGAGAGGAAGGGUGAGCGCUGUUAGGGUGGAGUGCCCUGGGGAGGCCCGGUGAGUACGGAAGUGGCGGGCGCCGGGCACCUGGGGAAGACCUGUAUGCGUGAGAACUUGCUGUCGACUUGGAGAGCAACAGCAACAGCAAGAACAGCAAGAGCAGCAACAGUAGCAGUUCAACCGGGGGCCAUCCACGCCUCCAAAAAUAAGCCACAAAGAUUCCCGUCAGCUGUAGUUCCCGUGCACGUUGUUGUGCGAGGCGACCUGUUCCCUGUUACCUAGACGAAGAUCUCGGGCGUUGUACAGGUCUCGACGUGUUAUGUUAUGCGAGAGGUCGCGGGGGAACACUGGCUUGUGUUACGUGUGGUGUGAGGGUGUCGUGCGCGACCGUGUGCUCAAAGCCUGAGGUCCCAGGCACCGACUUAGGCCGAGGAGAUCGCGGAAGGCCGUAGUGUUGAGGUCGGUAACGAAAGGUGGUCUUUGUAGCAGAGGGAAAGUGUGACACGCGGCGCACAUGCCAGAGAGCGGGGAGCUAUUUGAGUCUGAGGGAGUGUUGGCGGCGGCGGGGCACCCAGUGGCACUCUGGCUCUGUACCCGGGCACACCCAGGCUCUCUCCGGCACCCAAGACACCCGUGUCGUAGUUCUGUGGUCGCGCUUGCUGUCACGUACCGGCAUAUACAGGGUUAUCAUGUCGGUGUGACCACGUUCAGGAGUGCGAGACCUCCCCGUGGGUAGCGGCAGUGACAGAAAUAGUGAGGCGGCGGGAUGGAGCGCCAAGACUCCUUCGUGAGUCUCACCGAUAGUGAACUGAGCUUCGCCAGCGUGUCCACGGAGGAUGGCGCCUCCAGCCUGGGGCGGAGCCUAGCUGGUUCGUCUCUCGACUCGCACUCGGAGCUUGCUAGGACCCCAGGAGGUUCAGGGACCAAGUCCCCGCAGAAGGAGCGUCUCCGGCGGUCGGGCCCCAAGCGCCAGGCGCCGCAGCCGCCCUCCAGGCCGUCCCCGAGCACCACUCCAGUGCCCUCCUCCCCUACCCCUCCCUCACAGCUGAUAACUGCCGCUCAAGUGCCCAUCAGUCCUGGCUACGACACUCGUGCCCCCACACCCCUUGCCUCCGUCACGCAGGCGGCCGUCAGUGCAGCAAAGGUCUCCGCAGCGCCCGUAACUACUGUGCACAUGCAGCUGACGCCCAUGGCGCCGCCGCCGGGGCUUGCUUCCGCAGGGCCUCCCCCAGCGGCGCAGCAGACCCACCGCCUCACCAAGAUCGUCAGCCACCCAGUUAGCUCUCCCUCGAGCAGUGCAAGUGAAGGCCGACCGAUUCCCUCCCCUCUCUUGGGCAGCGCGGCUCCCCUGGCUCCUCAGAGGUCGGGAUCCUCCCAGGCGGCCGCAAGGGACCUCGCCAACUUGAGGAUUCGUCUGAUCGACGAGGAGUCUGACUCGGAUGCGAAUCCUGUGGAGGCUGGUCUUGAGCAUCGGAUCUCCGGCCCGACGUCUGCUCAGCAGAUGAGCCCAGCACAGCGCCUCGUGCAGGCCCAGCCCUCUCGCUUCGAGUCUUCUUACCCCACCCAUUCAGCCCCGCAAGGCAUCCCACAAGGACCUCAUCAAGUCUCCCAGUUCUCACCUCAGGACUCCAGCUGCCAGAGCCAUGACGCCCAGUAUCUUCCGAGGGAAGCCGCGCAGUCAGGGCAGCCCGCCCAACCGCAUCUUCCCCAGCCAGUCUGCUACCCAGGCGAGCAGGACCUUACAAGUGCCGAAAACUACGACUUCAGCGAGAGCUUCGACAGCUACGACGACCCCCCAACGCCGACAUGCGUGAGUCCUGAGCCCGGCGAAAGGGAACCUCCGGGUGUGGUGUACCGUGGGCGUGCCCGGCGCCUCAUGCACUCCGCCUCCGACCCAGGGGUGACCCGACCACACUUACGCCGUCCCCACGCCCACUCCCAGCAUCCACGGACGCCGGGCUUAUCCGUACCUCCGCCCCUCGACCAGCUGAGCGAGGAAGAAGGUUGUCAGGAGAAUCUCGAGGACGACCUCCAGGAGGCCCUCGCUGGACAGGCUCGCCUCCAGAGGUCGGACUCCAUGGUGACGGUGGCGCACCUGUACGAGGACGUGCUGGUGUCGUCGCGGCUGCGCGUGAGGGUCACGCUCACCAACCUGACUGUAGUGGUAGUCGUGGCCGCCCUCGUGCUGCCCAACAGCGCCGCCAUUCUCUACGCCGCCUUCAGAUUAGUGUUUGGGACGCUGUUCCCAGCCUACUACUCGUACAAGGCCGUCAAGACGAAAAACGUCAAAGAAUACGUAAAAUGGAUGAUGUAUUGGAUCGUGUUUGCUUUCUUCACAUGCUUCGAGACUCUGACUGACCUUUUCCUUAGCUUCUGGUUCCCCUUCUAUUAUGAGCUGAAGAUCCUGGUGGUGCUGUGGCUGCUGAGCCCAGCGACCCGUGGCUCAUCCAUCUUGUACCGUAAGUUCGUGCAUCCUUGGCUCACCCGCCGGGAGGAUGACAUUGAUAACUGCAUCGCACAGGCCAAGCAGCAGGGCUACUCCACCGUCAUACAGCUCGGGACCAAGGGCGUCAACUACGCCACCACAGUCUUGAUGCAGACCGCUAUUAAGGCAAGUCACGGAAACCAGGGUGGAGGCGGCAUUGUGAACCAGCUGAGGCGUAGUUACAGCUCUGGAGAAUUCCCUGAUGGAGAUAUGAACCGCAACGUCAAGGCUUUACCCCACAUUCCGGACGAUGAUUACGAUGACCACAUGCACUCCUCAGGUUCUUAUGAGUCUGAACCCCGUACUCGUGCAGAGAGUGAUGCAGCUUACAGGCCCCGUGGAUCUUCAGCCAGUCGUGGGGUGCGUUCCACCAAGACCAGAUCUGCAGAUGUGACAGACUACUACCAGGAUGUUGCUGAGGAAGAUGUGCAGCGCAGACGUUCUCCUCGCACCCAAGAUUCAGCCAGGUCUCAGCCUACGCUACACUUCCAAGAACCUCCAGCAAAAGGUCAGCAGCAGCGAAAAAGAGGCAAGUCUGAGAAUCGUCCAAGACCAAAGUCAAUGAUCAAUGCAGCUGAGGUAACCCGUGGUGCCGAGUGGGCACGAGCUCAGCGUGGCGGCUCAACCCUCUCCCUGGCAAGUGAAGUUGAAUUGUCUGAGUCGUCCUCGCAUUCUUCUAUAGCCUCCCUUGCCUCUGGAGCUCAAGGACAACAUUCAGUUAGGCCCAAGACUAGAACUGGCUCUGUACGCAGACCAAGGGUCAAUUCCCAAGGUAGAAAGACAAGUGGAUCAGUCUCGAGGUCAACCACGCGUGCCGAACCCACCACUGUGAAGAGGGCAGCAACCCUAGAGGCUGGAUCCGAGUCUGAGUAGAUAAAGGGACGCAUAGCCUGACCGACACAUGAUGGUCACAUUUGUUAAUGUCAUUUGAAUCAUUACAUGUUAUAUAGCAUUAUGGUCUGUGAUGUAGAGAAUUACGUGGAGAUUAAAGCAUGUCUGUGCAAUAUUCAUAGUAUUUGCCAGAUUGUGCAAGUGAUAAUUGAAAAGGAGUUCAUUUUCCUUUUUUUUCCCCUCUUUUAUUUUAAUUCCUGUUUCAUAGGAAGGCAAGGAUAAUAAGCUUUAUAAAUACUUUAAAAGUACAUCUUCCUAUGAGAGCAGGAACGUCAAGCUCUGGUCAUAUGUAUGGCAUAGCUGGAUCCCAUUAGUCUAAUCUAUGUGAUCUUUCUUUUUUUUACUAAACUCAAGUAACCGCUAAUCCCCCCAAAAUAAUGAAUACAUAGAGAGGGAAUGCAGAAGGAAGAUUACUAGAUAUUCUAUGGUUUAAGUUUAACUUUCUCGCUUCUUAUGAAAUGGCUAAACCAUUUGAUUUAAUGAGCAUUUCCCCCUCAAAAGAGAGAGCACUGCACUUGUAUCAUGGUUUCUAGGGUCAUGGGAUCACUCUCAGAUCCUUGUCUCUUGACUUUAGUGUGCAUUAUGUGAGGAUAUCAUUGUCUGCACAAAGCUAUGAAGAUUGCACUUGUCUUUAUUAAAAGGAUAACUUGUAUAAAGACUUCAGUACUGUGUAUGUGCUAGCUAUGAAACUUUCUGCAGUUUUUAUUUUUUCCCUCCAUUUUUUGUAUUAAAAUUUUUCAUUUUUAUUUGUAGCUUAUGUUGAAGACAUAACCACUAAAUUUUAGACUCCACAUUUAUUGUUCUUUCUUUUAUUUAAUAAUUAUGCUUUUCUAUGCUAGCAUGUGUCUCAGCUUAAUGUGACUGUCCCAAUACUGAUGGGUCACACAUUUACUUUUACAGGUUAUAUUAAUUUUAUGACCAGUUUUUUUACAUCUGUAAUUUUAAGCACAUUCAUUUAUUUCAUUUACACUAACUGCACAUUGGAACUACAUUAUUGCUUUGCAUUAUUUAUGAACAUUUUUGCAUAUCAGAUAGAAAGACUGUUAAUGAUAUAGGUGCAUUUGUAUAUAUGAUGUUGUUAUGAGCACCAUCAGAAAAUAAAAAAAACUGACUGUAUAUUAUGUAGAAUUACUUCAGUGAUUAUUAGAUAUCUUCAGGCAUGUAAAGAUGAUCUGACUGAUAGUUAUUACUUCAGGCGGUGAUAAUGAAUAUAUAAAGGUAGAUAGAGUCGUUUUUAGGACCAAUAUCAUGAACGCUUGGCGAUAUGACUGAUAUGCAUGGUGGCAGAGACAAAGAUUGCCACAUCAAACACCUGGGCAUGUCACCCUUGGUUUUAUCAGUGUAGUAAUAUAGGUGUCCUAAUACCCUGCUCACGUAGGCUUGGCAGAUCAAAUCCUGGAAGCUUUUCUUGGUUCAGUCUGAUCUCUUCCUAGUUUUAAAAAAGUAAAAGAGAAAAAAGAAUAAUAUUUUGUAUGUACAGGCACAGCAGAAGGCAAUGAGAGGAAGUCGUAGGAGUGGCGCUGAACCAAGGAAAACUCCUUUGCUUCAAAUAGAGAUUGUCCUCUACCUCGAAUGAGCAGCAUUCUUGUUUUCUAUUUAGCUUGAAGGAUGUUUAGGAUGUAAUUUGUACGCAGAACUUCACUCUCAACCAUUGUAUUACCCAUCGCCAGAAGCUCAAAAGAAAGGAUUUUAAAAUGUGUAAUGGUAAAUGAUGAAAAUGAGGCUGAUGUUCUUUCCUUUAGGUACUGUUCAGGAGUCUACAAGACUCUGAUGGGAAAAAAAUUAUCAGAGAAUCUCAUGAUUAAUCCAUCAUAAUAAGAAAAAUUAAAACCUUGUGAGCUUUAACGGUUUAUGUGCCAUCGCUAGCAUUUUUUGUCUCAAAAGGAGAGAUAUUGUUUCAUUCUCUUAAGUAUUAUCAAAAUACUCCUAAGUUUUUGCCCAAAGGAACAUGUUCAUAACCAUUUUGUAAUGUGAUAUUGAUAUUCCUUUUUUUUUUUUCAUCAAUAAAAUUUCCACCUUCAUUAUAGGUGUAAAGGAAAACAUUGUACCCUUAUUUUGUGUUAUGUCUGUAUGACUGUUUUACCGUAAAUAAAGGAUGAAGGAAUUCA